ACACACACACGUACGGAGAGCCCGAUGGAUAUGUGACCUGUUUCCCGCAGGUGCAGAUGUCGAGAAAGUUGACCGUGACUGGGACAUGGGACUGAGAGUCCGUAGAGGAGCGGCACGUUCACGUUUAUUUAUUUUAUUUCUAUAUUUUUCUACUCCACGGCUUCACUAGGUAUGACAGGCGUGACUUUUUCGUUUGGUUGCUUCGGACGGCUCUGUGCCCUCGUCACGGUCCUCGGGGUCGCCCAACUGCUCAUCGCCUUGGUCUACAUCCUGUACACCGAGGAGACCUUGUCGCUUGUGCCAUUUUUCUACACGCCACUGUUAAACAUCACCAGGCUGCCGAGCAACGGGAGCGUGGACGACAUGCCAUCAGAAACAUUAACGCAAGCACCCAGCGUGGCAAGAGAGACUUGUCCAGAAACUCCUCCACAUUUGGUUGGUCCGUUGACCAUAAAUUUCACACACUCGCUAAGUUUAGAGGCGGUGCAGAAAUUCAACCCUGAGGUCAUGGAAGGGGGUCGCUGGUGGCCCAAGGACUGCGUCGCCCGGCAGAAGGUGGCCAUCAUCAUCCCCUUUAGACACCGCGAGUUCCACCUCAGGUACUGGCUCCACUACCUCCACCCCAUUCUGCAGAGACAGCAGCAGGAGUACGCCAUCUAUGUCAUCAAUCAGUAUGGAGAAACGACAUUUAACCGGGGCAUGCUGAUGAACGUGGGCUAUGCAGAAGCCAGGAAGCAGUACGACUACGACUGCUUCGUCUUCAGUGAUGUGGACAUCGUCCCCAUGGACGACCGGAACUUCUACAAGUGCUACAGUCAACCCAGGCACAUUUCUGUGGCUGUGGACAAGUUUGGGUUUCGGCUGCCAUACGCUCAGAUCUUCGGCGGUGUGACAGCCUUGAGCCUGGAGCAGUUCACAAAGAUCAACGGCUACCCCAACAAUUACUGGGGCUGGGGAGGAGAAGACGACGACGUCUCCAAAAGGCUCUCCAUGAGGGGCAUGUCCAUCUCCAGGCCUGAUAGCCAAACAGGAAGAUGCCGGAUGAUCAAACACCAGAGGGAGGCUCACAACGCACCCAACCCAAAGAGGUUCAAUAACUUGAGUCGCACUAGACAGACCAUCAACAGUGACGGUCUCAAUUCCCUGCAGUACAGAGUCGUGAGUGUCGAGAAGAACCCCCUCUACACAAACGUCACAGUGGACAUCGGAAAACCAUGAGCAGCGAUUUUGGGUCAAAAUCGUCCUUCACGCAGAGCAGAGGCGGCGACUGUUCCAUUGAAGUCUACGGGCAUAGCUCAGAAUUUCACCACAUCUGCGAAGACCUUGGUUCUGUAGAGUUCGAAAUGUGAUAUCUGGGCACGGUUUCAUGACCCUCAAACCUCAGGUACAUUUUUAGUACUUCUGAGCAUUCCAGUCUGUAGAAAAUUGACUUUAUAUCAGGUGCACUGUACGCCUGUUAUUUAUUCUGCUGCUGUUGGCCGGUUGCUAGGUACGCUAUACCUUGACAACACAUUCGCCAGCCAGUAGAAAUCAAAUCCUGCCAUGUAAACUAACGAUGAUCAGGUGUUUGUAAAUUAUUCCUUUGAUGUUUUUUAUUAAAUUCCUUGAAAGUU